AUGGAACGUGGAGGCUUCCAUGGUUACCGCAAGUUGUCCCUCAACACCACCACUCCUUCUGAACCAGCGAAGUUUUUGAUGGCAGAGGGGAGCAUGCAACUCACAGAACUCAACCAGCCUAGCAAAACCGCUAAUGGCGGUGAAGAGGAGUGCACGGUGAGAGAGCAAGACAGGUUCAUGCCUAUAGCCAAUGUGAUACGGAUCAUGCGGAGGAUCUUGCCUGCUCACGCCAAGAUCUCAGACGACUCCAAGGAGACGAUCCAAGAGUGUGUCUCGGAGUACAUCAGCUUCAUAACAGGGGAGGCCAACGAGCGGUGCCAGCGGGAACAGCGCAAGACCAUCACUGCUGAGGAUGUCUUGUGGGCAAUGAGCAAGCUCGGUUUUGAUGACUACAUCGAACCCAUCACCUUGUACCUCCACCGCUACAGAGAGUUGGAGGGUGACAGAGGGAUCAGCUGCAGUUCUGGAUCUGUUAGUAUGAGCAACGGCUUGGUCGUCAAGAGGCCUAAUGGUAACACCAUGCCCGAGUAUGGAGCCUACGGGGCUGUGCCAGGGAUUCACAUGGCGCAGUACCAUUAUCGUCAUCAGAACGGGUUUGUUUACAAUGGUACUGAACCUAAUUCCAAAAUGGGUGGUUCGUCAUCGGAACUAUUUCCGGCUCAGCAACAUAAGUACUGA